AAAUAAAUAAAUAAAAUCUUAAAAAAAAAAAACACACAACAGAUUGGACCCUCUAUUCUGCGCUUCAGAGACUUGCCAUGCACCAAAGAUGUAUGUAUACUCCUAAUUCAGAAGAGGCAGCAUUUGUGUGCCGUCAGGCAAAGCAGAUUACAACAGAACUACUGUUUGUGUUCACUGGUACGACCCUGAUGGUGCCUAGAAACAGAUGAGAAUACCAGAAAACAAGCCACAGGUUCAUUUAAUGGUGCACCAGGGAAGGGGAUGGAAGGCUUAUUCCCAGAAGGUUUCUAAAAUGUAAGAAUUAUUCCUAAGGAGUUAUAAAUCUUUUUUGGUAGCUAUAGGCCCAGGCCAUGGGUGGAUGGGGACCAAGAUGGAGAAAUGCUAUGAUCAGUUGAGAUUAGAUAAAUAUGAGUUCAGACAAAUAUGCAAGCUAUUCUACUGGCACACUGUGUCUGGUGAUAUUAACAAGAUAAGCUGUAGGUAGAAUAAUUUCUCAUCAGAUUGGAGAAAUAUAUUUAUAGCCUGCUUCUCAUUAUAUAAUCAACAGCUACUAAUGGAGUAGCAGACAGUGAUAUGGGUAAUAGCUUACUGUCACUUUAGUGAGUUCAGGGAUGACAGGUUUCUUUCAUGCAUGAAGUACUGGAUACAUUUCUUAAAACUCAGAUGUGGCAUCAGAUUCUAGUCAUCCUAAAGAAAAAUCACAGUGCAGUAUUUCAUUUAUAGUACUAUAUUCUUUGUGAGUGUGUGUGUGUGUGUGUGUGUGUAUGGUGGAGGUUGGGGAUGAGUUUUUUGAAAUACACCUUUAAAAAAAUCUUCCCUUCAAAUACAAAAUCAAUUUACCUCUUACCGCCCUUCAGUUCCCUUUCAUUAGUACCCCCCCCCCCUUUUUUUAAGAAAAGUGGAAUAAGAUCUACAAGUCAUUUAGGGGGCCUUUAUUGUUUUAACCUAUCCCUUGUCUCACUUCCACCUCCUUCUAAUAAGACAGCUGUUCUACCCUGUCUUCAUCUGGAUAAGCUCAUCUUUUUUUUUUUAAAGAUUUUAUUUAUUUAUUUGACAGAGACACAGUGAGAGAGGGAACACAAGAAGGGGGAGUGAGAGAGGGAGAAGCAGGGUUCCCGCAGAGCACAGAGCCCGACCUGAAGCGGGGCUGGAUCCUAGGCCCUGGGAUCAUGACCUGAGCAGAAGGCAGACACUUAAUGACUGAGCCACCCAGGCACCCCAAGCUCAUCUUAUUUUUGCUUGAAAUUGUUGCAAACACCUAGAUCUAGUAGAUUUGGGAAAAGUUGGGUCUCAGCGAGUAAUAGCAUCUCAAUUAGUAAUGAGUGGCAUGGAUUUCUUUUGGCUUGUUUAAAGUUCAAAAGUGUCAGUAAGCAGGGUUAGCAGCCCAUCUGGGGAUAUAAAUACAUUUUCACAGACUGGUGUUUGCUGACUGCACAAAGAUAGACUGAAUUCUUAAUUACAACUAAGGCAGAUGCUUAGGAAUUUUCCUGUUUUAUAGCUCUUGUCUCUAAUUUUACCUGUAAAUUUAAGACCCUGACAACUUAGAUUCAGCUUUGCUAUUGUGUCCUAAUGGUUCUUUCUUAAGUCUCAGUGAGAGCUACAGAAUCUUACAAAGGUAAAAUAUAUUCCUGGAAAAACAUCCAAAAGCAGAUAACUGAGAUUGACUUCCCUAAAGAUCAUGAUCCUAUCAAAGAAAGGAGGUAAGUACAACUGCUUUUCAGUAAUUCUUUACUCCACCUUAAGAGGGUCUUCAUCUGGAUGGUACACCUGGGAGGGCCCAGGAGGAGCCAGCCCUCGGAGGACCUCACAGCUGGAACUCCCAGCAAUGCCUCUGUAGGUAAUGUUAAAAUCCGUAGCAUGUCACCUAAGCUCUCACAGGAACACCUUUCAUUGGUUAAUGAAACCAGUGCGUUAUGUGUACAAAUAAAAUAAACGCUUGCGGUGCUUUUCACUAAGGCUAGCAACUUGUUUAGAUAAAGACCCAGAAAAUGUAUGAAAAUAUGCAACCUAGCCAUCCAGUCAGGCUGGAGGGUAGAUGUUGCCUGUGCCCUUUGCUCUGAUUGGGACUGGAAUUGUGAGGGAAGCCAUCUCCCGUUCCCCAGCCCCGCUUAACUGAGAGGGACAAGAUUAAGCAGCCAUUGGAAAUACAUAAGGUGUAAAGGAUGGGGCUGGGUUCCUGUGCCCUUCUGACCUCCUCCGCACGCAUAUCGGAUCACCUCUACCUGCCGCCUAGACUAGGGAGACAAGGGUCUGCGGUCUUGGGCCUCUCGAGAGUAUUUAGCAAUGAACCAUAACACCACCAUUACACCCAAAGUCACUCCUAGGAAAGUUUUUUUUUUCUGUUUCAAUUCAUAUAUGUAAUUUUCCCCCCCAAACAAGCUUUCACUCUGCAGUUUUUAACCCGACUUUUUAAAUGUAAUAUCCGCCGUGUCUUUAAAUACUCGGUGUGUGUGUGGGGGGGGGUGCUUAAAUGGAAGUGCCCCUCAUUUAAAACCAAACGUUGCUACUUUGCGUCUCAGAAAAUGCGGGGCUCACUCCCCCGCCCCCACCCCAUCUGCCGCCGCGGGGGCCAGGUGCGCUCCCACGCCGCGGGGCAGGCCGCUCGCAGGCGGAGCCCCCGCGCCCGCGCCCCCGCCGCCCGCCCCGCCCCCUGGCCCCGCCCCGCGCCCUGGCCCCGCCCUCCAGGCGCGCAUUGCCGCCGCGGGCUGUCGCUCCCCGCGCUCUGGGGAGGGGGCGCCGCGAGCUGCGGUCCCACGGCAGAGGGCUGCUCGCUGCCUGGGCGCCCGGCCCCGCGAGCGGCCCCCCCGACCUCGGCAGCAGGGUCGCCGGGAACCCCGGCGCCGUCGGUUGAUCCUUAAAUAAAACAAAAAUCUAUCCAGUAAAGGGCUUUCAUGAAGAAAUUAAAGAGAGAAAUUACAAGUAAGAGAGAAACCAAGAAUUAUACACCAGAGAAACCACCUAAAACAACUGUAUGGAGUAAGACAAAAGGAGUGAAUACAUCUGGAAGAAAUAUUACUUAGUAUAUUUUUGCCCACCUUUUUGUCCUAAAGGCUGCUAAGGAAGAGAGAAUAUAGUUUUCUAGAGGAAGAACGAGUGUGAUAUAAAAAUGGAAACCACGGUUUCCGAAAUUCAAGUUGAAAGCAAGGAUGAGAAGAGACCCACAGAAGUUAGUCCUCAAGAUGAGAGGCAGGAGGAAAGAGCAUCGAUGCUUUGCUUCAAGAGAAGAAAGAAAGCAAGCAAAGCAAUGAAGCCCAAAGCUAGCUCUGAAGCUGCUGGUACAGCAAGAAAGUGUCCCCCAGAAGCAGGAGCUUCUGAGCAGCCACGGCCCCCAGGGGGGGCCUGGGCCUCAAUCAAACGUCUUGUAACACGCAGGAAAAGGUCAGAAUCUUCAAAGCAGCAAAAGCCCUUUGAGGCCAAAGUGCAACCUGAAAUCAGUGCUGAGGAUGCUGAUCUUUCUAAGAAAAAGGCAAAAUCCGGACUUAAGAUUCCCUGCAUAAAAUUCUCAAAAGGAGAGAAACGAAGUAAUCAUUCCAAAAUUAUAGAAGACUCAGACUGCAGCAUCAGAGUCCAGGGAGAGGCUGAACAUUUGGAUACAAAAGCUCCAGCCCAAUCAGAUGACCAGGCAAUAAAGACCAAGUUGCCCCAGGAUAUAAGUAAAGAUGUCUCACGGAAAGUGGGUGAUGAGGUCUGUGAACCAAAUGUGAGCAACAACACAGCUACAGCUGGAGAAAAAGUGAUUUCAGUAGAACUUGGGUUAGGUAUGGGGCAUUCUGCCAUUCACCCAGGUACACUAAUCCUUGAAAGAGAUACUGAAAUGACUGAGGAAAAACAAAGUGUCCAAUCCCAGCAAGCAAGCCCACUUGAAACUUCAGAAACAGAACAUCAGCCACCAGUGGUUUCUGAUGUUCCUCCCUCACCUGCCAUCCCAGAUCAGCAAAUUGUGGAAGAAGCCAGAAGCAAUAUCCUAGCAAGUGGACCAAAUUGGGAAGAGCAUGAAAGUAGAGAGAUUGUAGCUGAAGAGAGUGAGCAGAAAGAUACUGAAUUGAGCCAGGAAUCAGAGCUGAGAGAAAAUGAGGUCACUGCAGAGAAACCCAAACCAGAAGAAAGCAAAAGAAUGGAGCCAAUUGCUAUUAUUAUUACAGACACUGAAAUCAGUGAAUUUGAUGUUAAGAAAUCUAAAAAUGUCCCUAAGCAAUUCUUAAUUUCAAUUGAAAAUGAGCAAGUAGGGGUUUUUGCUAAUGAUAGUGGUUUUGAGGGUAGAACUUCAGAACAAUACGAAACACUCUUAAUAGAAACAGCUUCUUCUCUUGUCAAGAAUGCUAUCCAAUUGUCUAUAGAACAGCUGGUUAAUGAAAUGGCCUCUGAUGAUAAUAAAAUGAACAAUCUUCUACAGUGACUUAAUUUCCAGAUCAUGGAAGGAAAAAAAAAAAAAGCUUCAUGUUAAAUUAUUUUGCAUAAUUGUGGCAUUUCUUAUUCAGUUACAAAUGAGAGGUUUAUCAUCCAUGGAAUUUAUAGGUACAGUUCCAGCCCAGAAGUGCUAAAAAUUUAGUUUAUAAAACUCUCCUACCAUUGAAAUGCAGUCAUUUCUGGAUUUUGGAGGAAGGUAGUGCAGAUCGCAAUGCAAGUGACAUACAGGGAAUUGCUAAAAUGACAUGUGGAAGUUGGGGUGCUUGGGGGGAGGAAGCUGUAUUUAUUGAGCACUUAUGGUAUGCCAGAAACUCUUUAAUAUUCUCUGAUGUCACAAAGCCUGGUUUCCUUUUGAUAGUUCAAUCCUGUGUAUAGGUUAACAUCACGUUCGAUUUUCAAAAAAAAUUUUUUACAGUGCACUUUUUUGUUUAAAAUGGUGACUAAGGUGAGCUGUUUUUGUGAAUGUGUGAUUUACAGUUGUUACACUCAUAGGCAGUAGUCUUACUUCAAAAAAAAAAUAUUGCCUUUUCCUAAUUUCAGCAGAAUGUGUAUAUUUGAAUUAAACAUGAAUGUUUUUCUCGUCUUGCUUAAAUAUCGUACAAAAGCCAUUCACAAUUUAUUUCAAAUAGGCAAAUAAUUACCAAGUGCAAGGGUGUGGAAAUAGGCAAUGCAUUUUCCCUGUCCAUCUUUUUUCUGCCUCAAACAGACCUGUCUAAACCCAUUUCUGCAUGGGGGCAUCUGCUGAAAAGUGAGAAACAAAACCCAAAAAACUAAACAACAGCAACAGCAAAAACAAGAAGAGUGAAAUACUGUGUUGCAUCCAGGAGAAGGCAAACUGCCCAAGUAACAAAUAAUCACAGAAAACGUAGGACUCAUCUUGCAGGAUUGUGCCUCUGGAGACCACUUUCCUCCACCUCCCCCCAAAGAGGGAAUUCACAGCCAGCCUGGCAGUAAAAGUCCCAGGAAAUCGUAAUAACUUACUGAACAUAUUACUCACUUUUGAUCAAGAAUGAGCCAAGUUCAUGGUUGAAUAGAAAGUGAAAAGUUAUUGCUAAAGCACAUUGUAUUUUAAAUGUCUGUAUUCUCAUUGUGCCUGUGUCAAGAGGCACUAGUAACAAACACUUUACAUGGAUUUUGAAAAUUAACUUUUUCAUCAGUAUGUUCAAUCCAGCUAAUCCCUUACCAAAAAAAAAAAAAAAAAAAGAACUCAAUGUAACGAGAAGGGCUUAUCUGCAUUUUAUCUGGUUAUUUAAAUCGUCAAU